GGGGAGCCCCGUGCGCGCAGCUCAGGAGCCCGGCCGCUGGGGCGGAGUAAGUGGCUACUCCGCUCGCUCUCCCGGGACGCCGUGCCGCCCGCCCACUGCAGCCUGUGCUGCAGCUGCCGGCCGCCGGAGGGGGCGAACAAACGUCAACCUGUUGUUUGUCCCGUCAUCAUUUAUCAACUCUCAGCACCACAAGGAAGUGCGGCCGCCACCCGCGCGCGGAAAGUUCAGCAUGCAGGAAGUUUGGGGAGAGCUCGGCGACUAGCACAGCGGCCCGGGCCAGCGCGGGGCGAGCGCGGGGGCCAGAGAGCGGCGCGGCGUCCGUCCCGGGAGCCUAUCCCGGCUUUUUCUUGGAGCGACGCUGUCCCUAGGUCGCUGAUCCCAAUGCACCGGCUCAUCCUCGUCUACACGCUAGUCUGCGCAAACUUUUGCAGCUACCGGGACACUUCUGCAGCUCCGCGCGCAUCCAUCAAGGCUUUGCGCAACGCCAACCUCAGGCGAGAUGAGAGCAAUCACCUCACAGACUUGUACCGAAGAGAUGAAACCAUCCAGGUGACAGGACACGGCCAUGUGCAGAGUCCCCGCUUCCCAAACAGCUACCCCAGGAACCUGCUUCUGACCUGGCGGCUCCAUUCCCAGGAGAAAACAAGGAUACAGCUAGCCUUUGACAAUCAGUUCGGAUUAGAGGAAGCAGAAAAUGAUAUCUGUAGGUAUGAUUUUGUGGAAGUUGAAGAUAUAUCUGAAACCAGCACUGUUAUUAGAGGACGAUGGUGUGGACACAAGGAAGUUCCUCCAAGGAUAACAUCAAGAACAAACCAAAUUAAAAUAACAUUCAAGUCUGAUGACUACUUUGUGGCUAAACCUGGAUUCAAGAUUUAUUAUUCUUUUGUGGAAGAUUUCCAACCUGCAGCAGCCUCAGAAACCAAUUGGGAGUCCGUCACAAGCUCUAUCUCAGGGGUAUCCUAUCACUCUCCAUCAGUAACGGACCCCACUCUCAUUGCGGAUGCUCUGGAUAAAACAAUUUCAGAAUUUGAUACUGUGGAAGAGCUUCUCAAGCACUUCAAUCCAGAAUCAUGGCAAGAAGAUCUUGAGAAUCUGUAUCUGGACACCCCUCAUUAUCGAGGCAGGUCAUAUCAUGACAGGAAGUCAAAAGUUGACCUGGACCGGCUCAAUGAUGAUGUAAAGCGUUACAGCUGCACUCCCAGGAAUUACUCCGUCAACUUAAGAGAGGAGCUAAAGCUGACCAAUGUCGUCUUCUUUCCCCGCUGCCUCCUUGUGCAGCGCUGUGGAGGAAAUUGUGGCUGUGGAACUGUUAACUGGAAGUCCUGUACCUGCAAUUCAGGGAAAACUGUGAAAAAAUAUCACGAGGUGUUAAAGUUUGAGCCUGGCCAUUUCAAGAGGAGAGGCAGAGCGAAGCACAUGGCUCUCGUUGACAUCCAGCUGGAUCACCAUGAGCGAUGCGAUUGUAUCUGCAGCUCAAGACCACCUCGAUAAAAGAAUGUGCACAUCCUUACAUUAAGCAUGAAAGAAGCUUUAUUUUAAGGAGGGUGUGGUAAGAGAUCCCUUUCCCACCAGCAACCGAACUUACUAUUAGCCUGCAAAGCAAUGAAUAUAAGUGGUUGCUGAGUUUCAACCUAGCUUUGUUAGUGCCAUGGCAAGUAGAAAGGUGCAUCAUCAAUCUCUAUAUCCAAGAAUAUAGGAUUGCAUUUAAUAAUAGUGUCUGAGGAUAUAUGUAUCCAUGUCUCUGUGUAAAUAGAUCAAAUGGUUAUUUAGUAUGUAUAACCAGGUACACCAGAGCUUACAUAUGGUUUAGUUAUUUAGACCCUUCAAAUCUGGCAAAAUAAGGGACACAGUAAAUACAUGAAACAUGACUUUGGAAGAUGUAGAAGGUUAAUUUGUUUACUUUUAAGUUUUGAGUUACAAGACAAUUUUUGAUCUUGUUCUUUUAAAGAAAGCACCUUGUAUAUUAAAAACCGAUAAAUGAGCUUUUCUUAAUGUAUACAUCUUAAUUAUAAAAAGGGAAAAUACGGUUUCUGGGAAAAGGCAUAUUCUAACCAUUUUUCCCACAAGAUGUGCUACAAUACAUAUUUCCCUAUGUAGAUAAUUAUUACCUGUCUUCGAAAGCAUGCCAUAAUAAUAUAGGUGUUUAGAAAUAAAGUCAUUGUCUUCUUUUUAUGUAUCUUGCUGAGGCAUGCAAAUUCAUUAACAUCUGUCUCAAAAAAUUCUCACAAGGUUUCUUAUUACAAUCCUAUGAGAGACAAUUUAUAAGCUGUCACAGAAUUUUGAAUUGUUUCUUUUCAAAAACUUCUCCAUGGAAGUAGCUCCUUUGGAGAAUGGCAUGGGGACUGACUCUGGGUAAGUCUUUCAAAAUAGUGUUCAUUGGAAAUUUGGGUAGUUAAAAGUCAAAAAAGUGAGCAUUGAAAUAUUAACAGAAAUAGGAAUUGGAUGAAAUAUACAAUUUAAUAAUGGAUUCAUACUUUCCAAAUUAUGCCAAUUAAUUUUACAUAUCUUGCUUUUGUGUUCCUGUCUCUUUGAUAUACAGACAUGGAUUUACAAUGACACCUUAUAUUUGGCAAGCCAUCAUGGAUUAUUUAUAACCUAAAAGCCUUUGUGUAACAAAACAACCCCAUUUUAUUGAUGUAAAUGCCUAGUCAUGUACUCACUUACCACACAGUUCAGGUGAAUUCCUGUUUCUGAACUAAGUGAAAUGAGAUCAAGGUGCUCUGGCUCUUUGCAGAUCUAUGGAGCUUAUUCUAAGAAGCCACACUGCAAAUUGUGAGAACACAAGUUUGGCCCUGCUCUACCACAAGGAAAAUGUUCUCACUUUGAUGGUUGUUAUUGGUAUUCAGAGUGAUUUUGCCUCCCUGGCUUCUUAAUGUCUAUUAAGUCUUUGGAGACUGACUUCAGAUGUAGGAAGUGAUCCAUCAUUCUCCAAAGCAAGACUCUUAAGACAGCAACACUGAAAUCAAGAUAGCUCAGGGGCUACUAAGAGAGAAUGACAUUUUUCUUCCUGUCUUGGAAGAAAAAAGGGAGCCAAUUUCUUCCUUGAGUCGAGGGCCCUACUAACUACAGCCAAGUGGAGUGAAGGGUAUGUGACCGGGGUUCAUUAAGUCCCAGUGGCAGAUGAGCAGCCUAAAUACACUUGGAUUUCUGAGCAUGAUGCUUUCAGGUCCAAGUUCUCAACUAUCCUAGUGCUCAUUUUUGCUCAGUUCUUUGAGACAAAAGGCCAAUGCCUUUUUUUUUUUUUUUUUUUGGCUUUUUAAGGCCACGUCUGUGGCAUCUGCAGCUGCCGGCCUAUGCCACAGUUCAUGGCAAUGCUGGAUCUUUAACCCACUGAGCGAGGCUGGGGAUCAAACUUGCAUCGUCAUGGAUACUAGUUGGGGUCAUAACCCCUGAGCCACAGUGGAAGCUCCCCCAAUGCUUAUUAAGAUGCACCUUCAAAAAUUCCCUGAAAGCUUCUGGUAUUUUUACCUCAAAGGAUGACCAGUAAAAAUAAAUACUCUAUUGUUGACUUGUCCAAAAUCCCAGAGCACAAUCAGAGCGAGCUGAGGCAGACACUCUGAUAAUCAGGAACCACACUUCAUGCCACUUGCAAGUUUCCUAAGAAAACAUAGGCUUCCUGUACCAAAAUCAAAAUUUGUGUUAUAUCAUUCUAACUCAUGCAGCUGUAAGUAUGAAAAAUUAGAGUGUUCUACCCAAUUUUCAAUAAACCUUUCAGGCUGCAAUAACCAAGAUGGUUUUCAGUUAAUGCCCUAUCUGUACUUUUUAUUUAUUAGCUGAAAUAUAAGCAGGCAUACUCACUCACUUCUUUUUUUCUUUCCUGAAUGUUUUAUUGAAACUUCUCCCUUGGUUAUCUGUUAUCUAUUGCACUUCCAACUUGUAGUCAAUAAAUCUGUUUCAUUGCCAUCAAAGGAAUAAAAAGCUCACCAUACAAAUUACAUUUCAAAACAAAUCCUAAUAAAUCCUCAUUUCCAUGUGGCUCACUCACCUGGAAUAAUGUCUUCCAGUCAAUGUGUUCUUUUAGGGCAGAACAUUUUUGUAAGUGGAGUUUUUUAUGUUUUGGUUUGGUUUGGUUUGGUUUUGUCAUAUCGGUAACAUGCAGCUUUUUCCUCUGGUAGCAUUUUCUACAGCAAAUGUAAUAUGCCUCUUAUCUUCAUGAAAAAUAAAUAUUGCCUAUGAACAAA